GUAGGGGGCGUGGUUGCUGGCCACGUCGUAGCUCCAUAGUAGCUGGGUCCAAGAUGGCGGCAGCCGAGGAAGCGGCAGCAAUGCGGGCUGAUGGAGGCACGAAACCGCUGUUUGCAGGCCUUGCAGAUGUGUCAAUAUCGGAAGAUAUUCCCGUAGAAGGAGAAAUCACAGUUCCUGUGGGAUCUCGUUCCCCAGACGAAGACAACUCCACCCUUGAUGAGCCGGUUAAGGACACAAUCAUGCGGGACCUGAAAGCAGUUGGGAAGAAAUUCGUCCAUGUCAUGUAUCCCAAAAAGAGCAGUGCCCUCCUGAGAGACUGGGAUUUAUGGGGUCCUCUAGUCCUGUGUGUUUUACUUGCCCUAAUGCUUCAGGGAGGAGCAGCAAAUAGCACGGAAGACAGAGGACCCCAGUUUGCAGAGGUCUUUGUCAUCAUUUGGUUUGGAGCUGUUGUCAUCACACUGAAUUCCAAACUGCUUGGAGGAACCAUUUCUUUUUUUCAGAGCCUCUGUGUUCUGGGUUACUGCAUCCUCCCCUUGACAGUGGCUCUCCUGGUCUGCAGGCUUGUCCUGCUAGCAAGCUCUGAUACUCCUGGCUUCAUCGUGCGUCUCUUAGUUGUGGUGGCCAUGUUUGCCUGGUCGACGCUAGCAUCCACCGCUUUCCUGGCAGACAGCCAGCCCCCAAAUCGCAAAGCCCUGGCAGUCUACCCCAUCUUCCUCUUCUAUUUUGUCAUCAGCUGGAUGAUCCUCACCUUUGCCCCAUAGUGACACAAAAUCAGUGGAGACCCCAAAGCUGAAUGAAGGUGGCUUCUGUCUCUGUUAAGCCUCUCAGUUGCUGGCUUUCCCCAACAUUGCCCUCUAAUUUAUCUACCUGUAUUUAUGCUGUGUGUUGGACAAAGGCAGAACUGGUCCCCAGGAGUGUUCUGAAGAUCCCUUUUGUGUUUCUGAUUCCUCUGAGAAUGCAACUGAUGUUUGUCUGCUUACUCCUCUUGUAAAUACCCACGAGGGGGCAAUGUUGCCCUUUUUGAAGAAUGCUGCUGAUGCAUAAGAAAGUAGAAAUCCUGUCUCGAUCCAUCAAAGCUGUUGAUAAAGGCAGAUAGCAAAAGAUACCAAACCUUAACCAGCUUAUCAGAACACUUGGCGCUUUGUCUUCUGUACAUCAGGACAUUUUCAAAUGCUUGUUAUCUCUU